GAGCCGUAGGUGCGGCGCGCAUGCGCAGUUGGAGUCUGGGCCGGUGUUGCGAGCUGUGUUCGCCAUGAGUCGCAACUACAAUGAUGAGCUGGGUUUCUUGGAUAAAAUCCACAAGAACUGUUGGAGGAUCAAAAAGGGCUUUGUGCCCAACAUGCAGGUGGAAGGGGUGUUUUAUGUCAAUGAUACCCUGGAGAAAUUGAUGUUUGAGGAGCUGCGAAAUUCAUGUCGUGGAGGAGGUGUAGGUGGUUUCAUGCCAGCCAUGAAGCAGAUUGGAAAUGUGGCAGCGUUGCCUGGGAUUGUUCAUAAAUCCAUUGGACUUCCUGAUGUCCAUUCAGGUUAUGGGUUUGCAAUUGGAAACAUGGCUGCCUUUGACACGAAUGAUCCUGAGGCUGUGGUAUCCCCAGGUGGUGUGGGUUUUGAUAUCAACUGCGGAGUGCGUUUGCUGCGUACCAACCUCGAUGAAGGGGACGUGCAGCCAGUAAAAGAACAGCUGGCUCAGGCCAUGUUUGAUCACAUUCCUGUAGGAGUCGGAUCCAAGGGAGUCAUCCCUAUGGGUGCUAAAGAUCUAGAAGAAGCUUUGGAGAUGGGAGUGGACUGGUCCCUGAGGGAAGGCUAUGCCUGGGCUGAGGAUAAGGAGCACUGUGAAGAAUAUGGCAGAAUGCUGCAAGCUGAUCCUUCCAAGGUCUCUUCAAAGGCCAAAAAGAGAGGAUUGCCCCAGCUGGGAACUUUGGGUGCUGGAAACCACUAUGCCGAGAUUCAGGUGGUGGAUGAAAUCUACAAUGAUUAUGCAGCACGCAAAAUGGGCAUUGACCACAAGGGCCAGGUGUGUGUCAUGAUUCACAGUGGGAGCAGAGGUUUUGGACACCAGGUUGCAACAGAUGCGCUAGUGGCUAUGGAGAAAGCCAUGAAGAGAGAUAAUAUUAUUGUCAAUGACAGGCAGCUGGCAUGUGCCAGGAUCAAUUCCCAAGAAGGUCAGGACUAUCUCAAAGGCAUGGCAGCAGCUGGAAACUACGCAUGGGUGAAUCGCUCCUCUAUGACCUUCCUGACACGACAGGCAUUUGCCAAAGUCUUCAACACUACACCGGAUGAUCUGGAUAUGCAUGUGAUUUAUGAUGUAUCUCACAACAUAGCCAAAGUGGAGGAACAUGUGGUUGAUGGGAAACAGAAGACACUGCUAAUCCAUAGGAAGGGUUCCACUAGAGCCUUUCCACCACACCACCCUCUUAUACCAGUUGAUUAUCAGUUGACUGGACAGCCUGUUUUGAUUGGUGGAACAAUGGGAACCUGUAGCUAUGUCCUUACUGGCACUGAGCAAGGCAUGACAGAAACAUUUGGAACCACCUGCCAUGGAGCGGGGCGAGCUUUGUCACGUGCAAAAUCCCGACGUAAUCUUGAUUUCCAGGAUGUGUUGGACAAACUAGCAGAUAAAGGAAUUGCUAUUCGUGUUGCUUCACCCAAACUAGUAAUGGAAGAAGCUCCUGAGUCCUACAAGAAUGUAACUGAUGUUGUGAAUACUUGUCACGAUGUAGGUAUCAGCAAAAAAGCUAUUAAACUGCGACCUAUUGCAGUUAUAAAAGGCUGAUGGAGACUCCUUGAUGGGAUAAAUUAGGAAAAAUACUUUGAAUGGACUGACCUUUUUAUUAAACUUCAUGUACCUAUUUGGUGAAAAAUCUUGAUUUUUCAGGCUUACCGUGCAACACAACAAAUACUGAAUUAAUUAUUGUCCCACUUUUACUUUAAGAAAUCUCAUCACAUUACUAAUAUUUGUUUAUUCCAAUAAGUUGUGAUACUUUUUCAUCUCUCCCUACAGCUAACUUUGCAGAAUGUUUCACCUUUUUAAUUUGAUAAAACAGGAAUUGUGAUUUUUAAAAUCACAGUGCAAUGGAUAGAUGUACAAUAAAAUGGUGGAGAGUCAAA